AUGUCGAGAAUUUCGUAUGCAAAUGUAGUCAUGAAUAAUUCAGGAGUUAAUAAUGGAAAUAGUGCAGAAAACAUUGAUUCUCAGUCACAGAGACUUAACUCUACUGAUGACAUUUCUGUUGAAUCCAAUCUGCAUCCAUUAUAUCUUCAGAAUAUAGAUCAUCCUGGUUUGGUUCUCAUUUCAAAGAAAUUGACUGGGACUGAUAAUUUUGGUCCAUGGAAACGCUCAAUUAACAUUGCGUUGUCUGCUAAAAACAAGAUUGGAAUGGUGGAUGGUUCAUAUCCUAGACCUGAGGAUGGUUCCCCUUUGAGAGCUCAUUGGGACAGGGUAAACGCUAUGGUCAUCAGUUGGAUAAUGAAUACGGUCUCGGAUGAGAUUAGUAACGGCAUGGAUUUUGUUACUUCGGCACAAGAUCUUUUGGAAGAGUUACAUGAUCAAUUUUCAAGUGUAAAUGGUCAUAGGAUCUAUCAAGUCUUGAAGGAUCUUCAUGCCUUAGAGCAGGGUGAUAAAUCUGUUGAGAUUUACUACCAUAAAAUGAAGAAUUUGUGGGAUGAGUAUGCUGUAUUAGAUGCAGUUGAUGGCUGCAAGGGCGGAUGUACAUGUGGUAAUCUCAAGAUACAAGAAGCCAAGGAGCAAAGGAAGAAGUUACUCCAGUUUCUCAUGGGUUUGAAUGAUAGUUAUGCAAGUGCUAGAGGGCAAAUCCUAAUGAUGUCACCUCUGCCCUCAAUUCCACAAGCAUUUUCUCUCAUCAAACAAGAUGAGAAACAGAAACAAGGGAGUCACACUGCUAUGCCUUUUCUUGCCAAUGCUGUUGAUGCAAGCAAAUCCAAUUCAGUUAAUUCAAGAAAUCAAGGUUCCAAAUCAUCUUUGAAGUGCACUUACUGUAACAAAGAUGGCCACACAAGGGAACAAUGUUACAAACUUAUUGGAUAUCCAGACAAGAAAAAGGGCAAAAACAAACCAGCAUCCACUGGCACUACUGGUUUUAGACCUUUACCACAGGUUGCUUCCUCAAACCAUGUUGAUGUUCUAACAUCUUCUUCAGGUGUACAGGGCAAUUAUGCUGGGAGUUCAGCCUCAUCAAACUCUGCAUCUUGCAAUUCUGCACCAACUCUGGAACAACUGCAAAGUUAG